AUGACUCGUCUUGUCUUGUCGUGUCUUGUCUCGACCUGUCCUGUGACUAGAGCUCAGCUGCUGCCACACUCCGUAUACCGCAUGCUGGACUCUAUGCCCAUAAGACAGUCCCAGGCAAGCAUCCUGACAGGUAGGCAUUCCGGCCCGGCAUGCGGAAGUCGACGGAUAGGGCGGGUUCCAGGCACCUUUGGCCAUGCCAGCCCACUAAAGCCACCCUUGGAUGAUCAAUUUGCGUUCAUGUUGAUGAUGCCAGAUUGCUACUGGCAGGAGCAGGAGCUGGCAUGUGUCCUGCCAUGCAGCAGUAAUACUCCCGCGCCGUAUAUGCCAACGCCCGCACAUGCCCUGUUUCCAUCCUUCUGCAACUCGUACAUAGGUGCCCGACUCGCCUCAGCUUCCUCUCAGCCCGGCUUCAGCGGCAGAUGGCCUGACCGAACUAUUGAACAACUCACUGCAGCCCAUGCUCCUGCCAGCAAACUGUGGUCACGAUCGGCACGAAUCGACCCCCCGUCAACCCGCACCCUGCUACUAACCGGGGGCCGGUCUCUGGCGCAGCGCCGGUGGCCAGGGUCCGGCCACACCAUCUGGCGCCUAGCGGUGGGCGAUUCUAGCGGGUGCCAGCGCCUGGGCUGCCCGCUAGGAGCCGCCUAUGGCGCCUGGAAGCUGUGCGCUGCGGAUCCUGAGCCAGGUCCUGGUGGGGAGGGCUUCUAG